CAUGAAUCAUUUAUUGACUAUUGACAUUUAUUGAGUAGAAUUUUCACGUCUGACUUUUUAAAUUAAACAAAUAUUGAUAAGCUCUCCAUUGCUAUUUCGGAACGAUAGAUGCCUUUGUGCUUUUCAUUUAGUAGUAAAUUUGAUAAUUCUUCUGUUAGUUGAUUGCAUUUGUAAAAAUGUCCAAGUCCUACAGUAAAAGGUCCAAAUGGAGUUUGGACAGCACGAAAACUGUAGCUAGAAUUACAGAUAGUUUACCAGCACCUCCAGCAUAUAAUCUCUCUAAUAUACCAUCUAACAAUGAAGUUACAAAGAAAGCGGAUAUAAGUCGAUUGAUAACAAAAAAGUCUUGGGAUAUUGCAUUAGCACCAAUCAAGCAGGUGCCAAUGAAUUUAUUCAUAAUGUACAUGGCUGGAAACUCAAUUUCCAUAUUUCCAAUAAUGAUGGUUGGAAUGUUACUACUUCGACCAAUACAAGCUAUUUGGGCUACAAAAAGUACCUUUAAAGUAAUUGAAACUAGUGCAGUUGGCCAAAUGAUAAUUUAUAUCCUAGGUAAUUUUGUAAAUAUCGGGUUAGCUUUGUAUAAAUGCCAAAGUAUGGGUCUGUUACCAACUCAUUCUAGUGAUUGGUUAGCUUUUGUGGAACCACCAAUUAGAAGAGAAUAUCUAGGUGGUGGAUUUAUAUUGAAAUAAAAAGUUUAGCUAAUAUAUAUAAUAUUUAUUAAAUUAAAUGUUUCAUUAUCUA